ACAAUUUUCUUCCUCCCAGCCAAUCCCUCAUUUCCAUCUUACCGCCAGACUCCAUAGUCACCCCGUCGGUAUCGCUCGAGCGUUCCGAGACCGACGAUAGGUCAUUUCGCGGAUACCCAGAGUCAAACCUCUGGCACCGAUUCCGCUCCAUGUCGUAUUCUGUUAUGGAUCCUGGUGUGACUCGAAUCACGAGAUCAUUUUCAUUAUCUGAAUCACGGAACAUGCCUCGAUACGACGCUAGUGAUCAUAUCCGCUCAGGAUCCCGUAGGCAGGGUCAAAUAUCACUUGACGAUCUAGAUGGACCAGUAGGGUGGAGCGGUUCGUCCAGUCUCGAGACCCAGGAGGACCAGACUCAACAUCGCGGACGACGACGACUCCUGCAUCGACGAUUAGCUCGUGAAGCUUCCGUGACCGUUCGAGAUGGAUCAGAUUGUAUACCUGUGUUAUUGUCCUCGAGUCCUCUCGCUUCGCCUGUACUGGUAUCACCUUGGUCGCCUUGUUCGACUAGUGAAGGUGGCGUGAUGGUCAACAAGAACAGCAAUUGCAGCGGGUCAAAUACGGGAGUUCAUCCAAAGCUGGUGCCACACUACGCACGGGACGCUUCUCUGAAACGGUCCCUGUCCUUUGGCACGCGAUCAAUGCACAUUGGACUCGACGACGAGGAUGAUGACCGCAAAGACAAGCACGACGACGAGGACUAUGAAUGGAAUGAUAGCAUCGAGAGACGAUUGGAUCGUGGCCGACUAGCUUGGAUUCCAAGCAGCGCUGGACCUACUUUACCAUUGUUCCACGAUGCAUCAGGUCGUCCUCGCCGCUUGAGGAGGAGUCAGAGCGUGUGUGGACUGGGCUUUGAUGUCGAGAAGACGCUAUUGGUGCCUCAGCCAAGGUCAUCGAUAAUAUCAACAACAACAACACCAUCAACACCACUGCAAGCGACCGGUCUAUCGAGAUCAUUAUCCACUUCAGGAGUUCCAUUGAAAACUCAUCAUUCUACACCUCCUCGUCGACAGACGCGGCAUACCACACUACCUCUUACUCACUGGUCGUCGCCCAAACUGGAUCAUUCUCCGACGCUACCUCCUGUACAUACAUCGAGUGAGGCGAACACUGUCCCCAAUACUCCUUCCAGCACAGCGACACCAGACUCACCUGUUCUCGUCACGCCUGAUUCCAAAGAUAUAGUUGACACCCCACGCCCAAUCCUUUCCUCUCGCACAUCUCCUCGAGUGUCUCUCCUUCACACGCGUGGUUGUCCUCGUCCUCCUCCUUCAUCACCACCUCCCAUCGCUCCACUCCCAUCCACACCUUUAACGGAUCCUCUCGGACCAGUCGCUCCGCAAAGGCAGUCGAGAGCUUCAACUGUCAACACAUCCUUUGAGCUGACGACAACGACGGCGGCAGCACCACUUUCUAACGCUGAAGAGAACGAAGAAAAAGGCCAUUCGGAAAACAAUAGUGACCAAUCGCCUCGCGACAUCACCGAUACUGGUAACGAGAAAUCACUCAUGUCGUUGGAACAGGUUCAACGUGUUCAAGCACAUGGUAAGUGCGCGACGAAUGGGGUUGAGGUCCGUUCGCCCGCAAUGUAUACUGACUGAAAAUUCAAUGAACCCUCAGACCACUUGAACACUUCACUUCAUCAUCCAUUCUUACACCACAAAUCCAAUCCCUCUGUCCCAUUCUCUACACGAAGUGUAUCGACAUUCUCCACCACCAACCCGAGCUCUCAUCCCUCAUCCAUAAACGUUAUAACAUCCCCUCAAACCCCUUUCAUUGCACCGUCGUCCAACCGGCAUUCCAAGAUCACUGCAUUCUCCGGUUCAUCCUCCGCCUCGAGCACGUACUCAGCCUCUGACACUUCAUCUAUCGCCGGGAAAUUCAGCAACUUCAGUCACGGAAGUCAUCACUGGGGAUUCGGAGAAAAGCCCGACAUCUCAACAGUCUUUGAAGAGGAAGGCCUCUACGAAGGGGAAGGAGGCUGCGGCGACGACGCCGAAGUCAAUGUCGAUUUUUCAAACGGUCACAAGUCUUCCUCCAUCAUCCAAGACCACCUCGAUAACCAAAGGA